CUAUAGCGAUAUGUUUCAACUUUCAAUCUAUAAAAUAUAACAAUUUAAAUAUGCAUUUUAAUCGAAAUAUAUAAUUAAAAUAACCAGUUCUCUUUUUCUCAACUAAAAAAAAAACGUGAUUACCACGUAUUUGUUUACAAAUCAUUUAAAAAGCAGAUAAGAUAUCUAUCGGUCUAAUACAAUGGUUGUAUGUAUUAAAAUUUAAAAUCGACAGUAUCAAAAUCAUUUUUGAAGAUGGACGAUCAGCGGCUUUUGACUACGGGAGCAGAACUUUCAGAAAUAAAAUUUUCUAGUUUUUUGGAUUGGUUUAUACAUAUUUCUGAUGUUCAAAUUCUUUGGAAAAACGAACCUACAUACAUUUUAUCCCAAGCUGUUUAUAUUUUAGGGGGAAUUUUGACAUUAAUACAUGCUAUAAUACGAGGAGGAAGGCUUCCUUAUUUAUGGAUAGCAAUUUUAAUUCACGGAGUUAUUAUAGAAAGCAUUACAUAUAUUCAUCCAGAUGUGGAUAAUUUUUGGCAUUCCCAAACUCCAAUUAUGUUCACUGGACGUCGACUUCCUCUACACAUCAUUCUUUUAUAUAGCUGUUUCAUUUACCAAGCUUCCAUAGCUGCUGCCAAACUGAAACUGCCAAAGUGGUCGGAACCAUUUGCUGUUGGCCUACUUACGGUAUUGAUAGACAUCCCCUAUGACAUUGUUUCGGUCCGAUACAUGCAUUGGACCUGGCACGACACCGACCCUAACAUCGCCGAUAGACACUACUGGGUUCCAUGGAACUCGUAUUUCUUCCAUGCGACAUUUGCUGCAGCUUUUGUGUUCUGGUUCCACUACUUAAGAGAAAAACUAUGCAAAAGUGAAGGAAAAUGGGUAGCACAUAAGAGCAUCAUAAAAGAAUUAAUAUGUACCCUGCUCCCAGCCCUUUUAGGGGCCCCAACGGGGAUCAUAGCUUUUAUGGCGGUCUAUCAUCCGUUACACGAUGUACACAACAUCCACAGUGAAGUAACAUUUUUCAUUAUUUUCGCCAUUUUCCUCAUUAUUACGUGGUCCGGUGACCGUCAAGCAGCGCAAGAUCUGAAAAAUGUGACCCCCAAAACGCACCGGUCUUCAUGGUUACUUCUAUUCCAUUUGGUGGUACAUUAUAUUACAUUUUUGAUCAUACCGAUAUUUUUCAACCCCGAAGACGAAGUUUCUACAGGAUUGAAAGAACCAAUUGGACCUUGCAAUGAGUAUAGUCCGUUACACACAGUUGUAGGAAUCACUUUAAGGAAAAGAAAAUAUCUCUGUCCAACCGACUACGAUGAAAAAUAUUUCGAUUUCAGUUGUUUGAACAAAGUACCAUCUGACGGAUCAAUUUGGUACACAACGUGCGGAGUCAAAUUCGAAAAUAGAGUUGAAUACAUCGCGGUGAUUUCGUUGAUUGUGUUUGUGGCCGCUGCAGUUUUUAGAAAUAUCCAUUUUAAAUCUUACGGAGAUGAAGUUUUUGCAGUGAAAUACACUAAAAACAAUGGUAAUGAAAAGAAUAUACUCAAAAAGAAGAAAAAAUAAUAUUCUUAAUGUUAUUUAUUUUGUAAUUUUUAAAUAAAAAAAUAUUUGAUUUGCUUCUGUUAAUAAAGUUCUAACGUCACGGUCUCUAUAGUGGUGCAUGCCAAAUUAAAGGUUCUAUCGUUCGCUGUUGGUGCAGUGUCCACCAGUGUAAAUUACACCAGUUACACCACCUUAUUUACCUAGUCUACUUCCUCCUUAUUCCUGAUACACAAGUCGAGUGUAAUUCACUCCUGCUAAAUAGCUGGUAGAGAAAAUAUCCACCAGUGGACACCACAUCGCCGACAGUGGAUUUUACACCGGG